GGAUUUUUCAAAGAGGGAAAAUAUGAGAGAGCAAUUGAAUGCUACACUAGAGGGAUAGCAGCAGAUGGCGCUAAUGCCCUUCUUCCAGCUAACAGAGCAAUGGCCUAUCUGAAGAUUGAGAAAUACGAAGAAGCUGAAAGAGACUGCACGCAAGCUAUUUCGUUAGAUGGCUCAUACUCGAAAGCUUUUGCCAGAAGAGGAACUGCGAGAACAUUUUUGGGAAAGAUAAACGAGGCCAGACAAGAUUUUGAAACUGUUUUACUUCUGGAACCUGGAAAUAAGCAAGCAGUGACAGAACUUUCAAAAAUUAAAAAGGAAUUAAUUGAGAAAGGACACUGGGAUGAUGUUUUUCUUGAUUCCACGCAAAGACACAAUGUGGUAAAACCCAUUGAUAAUCCACUUCCUCUUGGAUCAACUAAACCACUCAAGAAGGUUAUUAUUGAAGAGACUGGUAAUUUGAUACAGACUGUUGAUGUGCCCGACAGCACUACCGCUGCUGCUCCAGAGAGUAAUCCUAUUACCCUAGCAAAUGUAAUAGCAGCCGCAGGCCUGGCAAGUAAGAAGAAUUCGAGCCAAGGUGACCUCCUGCCCUCAAGUGAUACCCCAAGAGCAAAAGUGUUGAAAACAGAGGAAAUCAGUGAUACUUCGGCUCUGCAACCUCAAGUCAGUUUGAAACAGGGUGGAUAUCCAUCUCCCAGUGAGAUUUCUAGAAAGGUAGAGCAAACCCCGGCUCAGCUUGUCACGAGUGUUCUGCCUCCGACUCCUGCCAACUCGUUCCAGCUCGAAUCUGAUUUCAGACAGCUGAAAAGCUCUCCAGAUAUGCUGUAUCAGUAUUUAAAGCAAAUUGAACCAUCCGUGUAUCCUAAGUUAUUUCAGAAAAAUCUAGAUCCAGAUGUGUUCAACCAGAUCAUGAGAAUUCUGCAUGACUUUUACAUGGAGUAAG